AUGUCCUCCUCUGCCGUCAAUCAGAGACACCACUCGCCACAUCACGCUACUGCAAAUAACUCACCCGCCGACGACGAGGGCAUCGGCGACGAUGACGACUACCUCCUCUUCAGCGCGGAGCCGGAUGGGUGGAAGUCUAUGACUUCGUCAAUAAAGAACCAUGUUCAUUACGGAGGCAGACGACUUCACCGCCUGUUGCCUGGAGUCUUCGAGCUGAUGGAAGCCAACAGAUAUCACCGCUACAGAGAUGGGAAAUACCCCUUUCCGAACGACAUGGUCGAGCAGGGAAGAGAAUAUCUGAAGCAUGAGAUGAUUACGCGUGUGACCGAGGGUCGACGGUUCCAUGCGCCGAUCGGGAGCCACCCGCAAAAGAUUCUCGAUUUAGGCACCGGCGUAGUCGCCGACACAUAUCCUGGGGCGCAGGUCGUCGCCGUAGAUUUGUCUCCAAUACAACCAGAUAUGAUUCCAGGAAAUGUGGACUUUUUAAUAGACGACAUUGGAGACGAGUGGGUAGAUCCUAUAAGCAACGACUUCGAUUUUAUUCAUGCGCGAGACUUCCUUCCCUAUAUAGCCGAUGCUUCAAUGAUACUGGAUAAGGCGUACAAUCACUUAAAGCCAGGGGGCUGGAUAGAAACCCAAGACUUUAAUUCCGUCUUGUCAUGUGAUGAUGGCACAAUGCCGGACGAAUUUCCGGUCACCGAAUUCUGGGCACAUUUGCAGACGGCCCAGCAGCGAGCUGCAUGUGACCUUCGAAUAGCAGCAAGAACGGGAGAACUCUUGCACCAAGCUGGGUUUAUAAAUGUGCAGUGCAGGACGUACAGGAUACCAAUCGGCCCCUGGGCUCACGACAACGAAUUGCAGGAGCACGUGGGAAGGCAAAUGCGUCAGGUGUGCGCAGAUUUUCUGGGAGCAGCAGGCGUGAAACCGUUCUCAAGCUUGGGAAUGACGGAGACUCAGAUCCAGGGGUUCCUGGCACAAGUGAGAGAGGCAUUGAAUGAUGAUAGCGUGCAUACAUACAUGGUGUUUUGUUCUUGGGUUGGGCAAAAGGCGGCAUAG